CAGAGCAGGAGCAGCUGGUAUUCCGGUGAUUAAAUAGUUCUUAUAGCCUUUUUGCUGUACUCGGUCCGCUCCCUGGUGUAAUUCUCGUGUCCAAGGAGGAAGCUGCAUUUUAACGGUGUGCUGAACAGAGGUUUGAAUCAUUCCAGCUGGCUGCUUGUUUUGAAAAGGACAAUGUGUGUAUAAAUAAAAAGAGACUCUGCUGGAAGAGUUCAGAUACUAGGAUUGGAGCUAAAAAGCGCUCUCGGAAUAUUGUGGAGGCAGAUUGUAUGAACUGAAAGCUCCUUCUAAUUAACCUGGAGCCGGGUGAAUCUGAAUACUGGAUAUCUCACUUUCUAACUCGGGAUAAAUUCAAGUUAGGAUAAGAAAAAAAAAAUUGAAAUGCUUCUCUAGAUGAUGUUUAAAGGAUUCUGCGUCAAUAUUUGGUGUUGGACAAGUUCAAAAUCUCUUCUUCAACUUUUGAUCUCCUGCUCCAUUGCCUUCUAGCUUUAACUUAAUUUGUGAUCCCUUCAAACAUUUUACAUGGUUUGCAAUGGUUACAUGAACUUGUGGGGAGUGAUAUUUGCACCAUCUCAUACUUUAUUCACUAUGGCACUUUAGGAAAAGAAAUUGGAAUAAACUUCCAAAGCAGUAUUUUAAAAAAUGAAUCUUAUUGUGAAGCUUCGGAGAAGUUUUCGAACAUUGAUUGUUCUCUUAGCUACCUUUUGCUUGCUGAGUAUUGUCAUUUCUGCCUAUUUCCUCUACUCCGGCUAUAAACAGGAAAUGACACUUAUUGAAACCACUGCAGAAGCAGAAUGUGCUGACAUCAAAAGUCUACCAUAUCGGUCAUUGGAACUAAAAACAGUUAAACCUAUUGAUACAUCCAAAACUGAUCCUACUGUCCUCCUAUUUGUGGAGAGCCAAUACUCUCAACUUGGUCAAGAUAUCAUAGCUAUCUUGGAGUCUAGCCGAUUUCAGUACCAAAUGGUCAUUGCCCCCGGCAAGGGGGAUAUACCUCCUCUUACAGAUAAUGGCAAAGGGAAGUAUAUUUUAGUUAUUUAUGAAAAUAUUCUGAAGUACGUCAGCAUGGACUCAUGGAAUCGAGAGCUUUUAGAAAAAUACUGUGUGGAAUACAGUGUUAGUAUAAUUGGUUUUCAUAAAGCCAAUGAGAACAGCUUACCAAGUACACAAUUAAAAGGCUUUCCAUUAAACCUUUUCAAUAAUCUAGCUCUAAAGGACUGUUUUGUCAACCCUCAGUCUCCUUUGCUGCAUAUUACCAAAGCCCCCAAGGUUGAGAAAGGCCCUCUUCCUGGGGAAGACUGGACUAUUUUCCAAUAUAAUCAUUCAACCUACCAGCCUGUGCUUUUAACUGAAUUACAGACAGAAAAAUCCCUUUCAUCCUUAUCCAGCAAACCACUCUAUGCGACGGUGAUUCAAGAUCUGGGACUUCAUGAUGGAAUUCAGAGAGUUCUUUUUGGCAACAACUUAAACUUUUGGCUACAUAAGCUCAUCUUCAUAGAUGCCAUCUCCUUCUUGUCAGGGAAGAGGCUGACACUGUCCUUGGAUAGAUAUAUUCUUGUGGAUAUUGAUGAUAUCUUUGUUGGGAAAGAGGGAACAAGGAUGAAUGUCAAAGAUGUAAAGGCAUUACUAGAGACUCAAAAUUUACUGCGCACUCAGGUUGCAAAUUUUACCUUCAACCUUGGAUUUUCAGGGAAGUUUUACCACACAGGGACUGAAGAGGAAGAUGAAGGAGAUGACCUUUUGCUUAGGUCUGUAGAUGAGUUCUGGUGGUUUCCUCAUAUGUGGAGCCAUAUGCAGCCUCACCUCUUCCACAAUGAGUCAUCUUUAGUUGAACAGAUGAUUCUCAACAAGGAAUUUGCACUGGAACAUGGAAUACCUAUCAACAUGGGCUACGCAGUGGCGCCCCAUCACUCAGGCGUCUACCCAGUUCAUAUUCAGUUGUAUGAAGCUUGGAAGAAGGUCUGGGGUAUUCAGGUCACCAGCACCGAAGAAUAUCCACAUUUGAAACCUGCACGGUACCGAAAGGGCUUCAUUCACAAUAACAUCAUGGUCCUCCCUCGACAGACCUGCGGGCUGUUCACCCACACUAUUUUCUACAAAGAAUAUCCAGGAGGACCCCAAGAAUUGGAUAAAAGUAUCAGAGGAGGUGAACUUUUCCUCACAAUCCUUCUAAACCCGAUCAGCAUUUUCAUGACCCAUUUGUCGAACUAUGGGAAUGACCGCCUAGGGUUAUAUACCUUUGUGAACUUGGCCAACUUCGUGCAGAGCUGGACCAACCUGAAAUUGCAAACUCUGCGUCCAGUGCAACUAGCCCACAAAUACUUUGAGCUCUUCCCUGAGCAGAAAGACCCUCUCUGGCAGAAUCCAUGUGAUGAUAAACGGCACAAAGACAUUUGGUCCAGAGAGAAAACUUGUGACCACUUGCCAAAAUUCCUUGUCAUCGGGCCACAAAAAACAGGAACAACUGCACUUUAUUUAUUCCUUCUUAUGCACCCUUCCAUCAUCAGCAAUCUUCCCAGUCCCAAAACAUUUGAAGAAGUUCAAUUCUUUAAUGGCAACAACUACCACAAGGGAAUUGAUUGGUAUAUGGACUUUUUUCCUACUCCAUCCAACAUUACAGGUGACUUUCUAUUUGAAAAGAGUGCUAAUUACUUCCAUUCAGAAGAAGCUCCCAAGCGAGCAGCAUCUCUGGUCCCCAAAGCCAAGAUCAUCACCAUCCUCAUCGACCCCUCAGACAGGGCAUACUCUUGGUACCAGCACCAACGAUCUCAUGAAGAUCCAGCUGCCCUGAGGUUUAAUUUCUAUGAAGUUAUCACAACCGGACAUUGGGCCCCAUCUGACCUGAAAGCUUUACAAAGGAGAUGCCUAGUACCUGGAUGGUAUGCGGUCCACAUAGAAAGAUGGCUAACCUACUUUGCUACUUCUCAGUUGCUAAUUAUUGAUGGACAGCAGCUGAGAUCUGACCCAGCUACUGUGAUGGAUGAAGUCCAGAAGUUUCUGGGAGUUACACCUCAUUAUAAUUAUUCUGAAGCACUAACGUUUGAUCCCCAAAAGGGCUUUUGGUGUCAACUACUGGAAGGAGGAAAGACCAAAUGCCUUGGAAAGAGCAAAGGCCGAAAAUAUCCACCCAUGGAUCCAGAGUCUAGAACUUUCCUCUCUAAUUACUACCGAGAUCAUAAUGUGGAACUGUCCAAACUGCUGCACAGACUGGGGCAACCUCUGCCAUCCUGGCUGAGACAGGAGUUACAGAAAGUGAGAUAGCACUGGAGACAAGAACCAAGGCUCAAAGGAUGCUUCCUUUUACUAUUAAAUAGAAAAGCAAACCCCACAACUUUUAUUCCCCUACUGAACUUGUGAUUGUCAACAGAGGACUGUGUGAAUAAAUUUCCUUCUACCUUUUUCAUAAAAUGAAAACUGUUGUAUAUGCACGCAUUGGCAAUUACUAGCAUCCAUCCCUGUGUGAGCUUCUGGGAAGAAAUGUGGGGUUUUGUGGCAUUAUCCAGUUUCCAGUGUGAGGGUCAUAACACACCCCAGUUCCUCUGUUAACCACAGGUUUCAGAAAUUCUACAUAAAACUGAGAAUCCUAAUUAUAUGCAAGUGACAAAUGAGAAUCUUGAGGAAAUAAGGACAGAGAUAUCUGUAAAUGAAGGUAGCAGGAACCCCAAUAUCUGAAUUUAAGGGCUUACAUUUUCUCUUUGCUAAUUUAAAAACAAGCUUGCUUUUGUGCAAAAAGAAAUAUUAUGAUCCCAUACUCUUAUUUUGAGCAACUAUUAUUUAUUAUAUUUAGCCCACAUAUUUUCCUCUGUUACUCCUCUUUAAGAAUUUCCUUGACUUGUAGAGAAGUUGUAAAGUUGCAGCUUCCUGUGUUUGUCGUCUGUUUUCCUUUUAUAGAAGGAAAGGUUCCACAUUCACUGAUAGUACUAUUUUCUCUGGCAGGGCAAUCCAUUCUCAGUGAAUUCUGCAAUAUGAGUCCAACAAAAUCUAUUGGAGGUUUUGGGGAAAGGAGUGAGACUGCAUACUCUGUGUAGUAUUAACUAGUAUGUAUAAGGCCAUCUUUCCAUAGGUCCAUAACCGUACCAUACUAGUAAUCUAGGUAUCUCCACCUUGACAAUGAUGCAGUAUUUAUAUAUUUUUUCACUAUCUAUGGGAAAAAAAACUUUAUUGAUAAGAUAUGGAAUGAAAACAUCAACAUGGGUUUACAGGUAGAGUGGGGCACUUGUGCCUUCUAUGUAGUAUUGUGUCAAUCAUUUUAAAGCAUGGACUUUUAUAUACACCAGUACAUAUACUAUUGCAGAAGAUUCUGUUUUUAAUGCCUAUUUAAAUAUAUAUAUAUAUACAUAUAAUCUAAAACUUACCUCUUUGAACAUCACUAAUUCUUUAACCUAAACCCUAUUUCUCAGCCAUGCUACCCAACAAUUAAUUUCUAGAGAAAUUAAUUUCUCAGAGCUUUAGGUUCCUUUCCUAUUUGGAGGUUAUUGUCAUGCUGGUUGAAUUUUUAUCCCAUUUUUCAAUAAAGAUAUAUUAAGGCUUUGUUAAUCUUUACAGUGUGAUACAUGAAAGUAAAAUUUCAAGAGAACAGUAAAUCAAAUGCUUUGGUGACAUUACCUGCCAAUCCAUCCUUCCUCCAGAGUAAUUUUUCUACAGGCUAUAAAUAAUAUUACUUUUUCUCAUAAUUUGAGAAAUUACGCUUAACAUAAUCCAAUGUAUUUAAAGGAAACUGAAGAUCAUUGUUUAUAUUUGUUUGGUUUUUG